AUCUUCUUUGUCUCUUGCAUUUCCAAUUUCCCCUCCUCCCUUUUUCGCUAGGUUCUUCUCCGUCAACUCCGAUCAUGGAGAAGCUGAGGAGAGUGGUGAAUGAGAUUGCCUACACGCAAGACUGCGCCAAGCUCUCUACCCUGAACCGCUCGUUACUUCCUGUACUCAAAGUCGUGUCCUCUCUCUACAGAGUCGCACUCUAUCUGCGCCUGUAUCUCUAUCAUUUUGGCCUCUUGUCUAAGCACCGGUUGCCAGUGCCAGUGAUAAGUGUUGGCAAUUUAACGUGGGGAGGCAAUGGGAAGACGCCAAUGGUUGAGUUUAUUGCCGAAUGGUUAGCCGAUUCUGAAAUUUCACCUCUUAUUCUUACCAGGGGUUAUGCUGGAGGAGAUGAAGCUAGGAUGCUUACAAGGCAUCUUCUUGGGACACCAGCAAAGAUUGGUAUGGGAGCAAAUCGAGCUGCCACUGCUGCUUGUUUUCUCAAACAGUAUGGAUACAUAGAUCCUAAAAGUUAUUUAUUUGAGGGAGUAAAUCAGAAAGUUCAAAGUCCACUUAACCUGGGACAAAUUGGUGUCGUUGUUCUAGAUGAUGGAAUGCAGCAUUGGAGCUUGCACCGUGACCUUGAGAUUGUAAUGGUUAAUGGGCUAUCACCAUGGGGAAACCAUCAAUUAAUCCCACUCGGACCUUUAAGGGAACCCUUGACAGCCCUUAGAAGAGCAGAUGUUGCUGUAGUUCAUCAUGCAAACUUGGUUCCAGAACAAAGCCUCAAAGAUAUUGAGCUAAUGAUGCAAGAACUUAAAGAAUCUCUUUCUAUUUUUUUCACUAGAAUGUCUCCAUUGCACUUCUUUGAAGUAGGAAAUAUCAACUUCAGAAUACCACUGGAUGUCAUACAGGAUGCCAUUGUGCUAUGUGUUUCUGCAAUUGGUUCAGCAAAUGCUUUUGUGCAAGGCAUUGAGAAGAUGGGAGCAUUUUAUGUUGAUCGAAUUGAUUUCACUGACCAUCACUCAUUUCAAACCAAGGAUAUUGAGAUGAUUAUGAUGAAACUCAGAGAUCUAGAGGGCAAGUUUGGUUUCAAGCCGGUAGUUGUUGUAACAGAGAAGGAUUAUGACAGAGACCCAGAGAUUCUUAAUCAUUUGAGUCCUUUCAAAGUUAUGGCACUCCGCUCAGAAUUACAAAUCAUUCCACGUAGACAGCACACUAAGGAUGAUUUCAGAGAGUUGUUGAAGGAGCUGCUGGAGGUAAAAUGGUCAGGUGCAAAGCACUAAGCUUUCAUUUACUAACCAUAUAUGGUGCAAUUUUGAAGUUAUGGACCUGAGAAUAGUUGCUGAUCCACCAGCUCGAGUUAUCCCAUAUUUUCUGUCCUUUUCCAGGCAAAGAAAUGCAUCGAGAAAUUCAUUUAUGCAUUUUUUAAGGCCACGACUUUUAUUUGAUAAUGUUGCAACCUUAUUCUUUUGCUUAAUUUGUCAACAAACAGCAAAAAGAAAGAUUUCUUUUUGGGAAAAAUAUAAUUGUUUGGAAUUAAAACACUAA